AUGCCUACAGAGUACGGCGACGAAACCGUUGCUGAGCUCGAAUGGCUCCCGCCGAAACAAGAAUAUAUUGCCAACCUACGCUCAGUCGCACCUCCAGCGGACGAGCCAACGUGUGCUAUAUGUCGUGGUGAGUGGGAGUAUCCGGCCCAGGAAGUCGUCGAGCCAAGCCCUCACUGCUCUCGACAUCCUCUUCACAAAGACUGUCUUCUCAUAACCUUUGCAACGGAAGACGGAGAGGAAGUCAGCAAUCUGUGUCCAUUUUGCCGUCGCGAGCUCUUCGAGAAGAUCACACAGCCGCCUGCGAAGCCCCCGAAUAACCCGAACAAUACUUACCAGCAAACUACCCAACUCUAUGACGGCCUUGUGGCACUUCAUAUCCAGAUUGAAUACAACGACGACAAAACCGAAGAUCCACGGCUGCUGUAUCCUUCUGGUCCAACUAUUGAGGACGCCUUGCAGAAAGACGGUUACUGGUCUACUCUUCCCCGUUUCUUGGACGAAUGGCACCACCGCAAUGCAUCUCAGAUUAUCGAGCAGACAAAAAGCUAUAGGAAACCACUGUCGAUCGUGGAUGUGGGUCGCACUGUGGUUACUGUGUUCUUUGGCAAUGGCGAGCCACCAUCUUGCAGGAUUACACGUCUCACAGAUGAAGGUCGCGCAGCUAUCACUGCGCUCUUUGCGCACGAACCCGACAUCGAAGAGUUGUAUCUAGAGGCUACGGAACUACUAGAUCACCAACAAGGCGAAAUUGUCAUGCAAUGUAUCCGCGCUGCUCUCAUAUACUACGACCAGUCUGCCUUCCCCCAACACGUCGAGGAUUUGCAGGGUAAAACUCGUUGGCUCAUUGCCUACCAUGUUCUUACUUCUCUAUUAACCGGACGCAGACGCACUGAUGAGAACUGUUGGUUUCGAGGAACAAAUAUCGCCCGCUGGCUCCAGCUGGUCCGUUUCCGUAAGAUGCUGCACCGAGGAAUCAAGCACUGGGCAUCACCGACCUUCUUCGCCAGCCAACCCCCACUCGAGAUAAAUUUUCCUUACGGUCACCUUAUGGGUGUUACCGAGGGCUUCGGCGAGCAUGACUUAUUGGAAAUACAGUAUUUCCGGCCCACCGAUGCAGAGCCGUAUCGAACUCGUAUUGGACGCAUCGAUCGUGGUUAUGAAAUGAUCAUAAAGGAGGACACCUCGGUAUGUCCAUUAGAUCCCAAUCUCCCAAAUGGCACUAUCUUUCAAUUUCUGAAGGACGGAACCUUAACAGCUCGGGAACUCAGUCCUGCCUUCCUUCAUGACAUUUCCUGCAACCGUGAGUAA